AUGCCGGCCGAAAACAGCUUGACAGAGGAGCUCACAAGAUGGGCGGAAGGACUGCCGAACUGGGGCAAAGCGGCAGUCGCGGGAGGCGUCGCGCUUGCCGUCUACGUGCCUUACAAGUUGUUUGUGAGCUCGAGCAGGAGCCGAAGGAGCCCGGUGAACGAGAAUUGGAAGCCGGGUGGGUGAGCAGAGUUCUUUUGAGAUCAUCAGUAGAAGGUGUGCAACCGCAACAGUCGUUUCUUUUCCAGAUGUCGUCUACCUUUACCAGUUCCCGCGAACUCGACUCCUUCCAAACCUCUCUCCGUUCUGUAUGAAAGUGGAAACGUGGUUGCGAAUGGCUGACAUUCCCUAUGAGGUUUGUUUGUGAUUCAAUCAAAACGACUGAAAACAUGUGUGCAACAUUGCAGAUCCCGCAAUUCAACUUGACGAUCCGUUCGCAAGAGGGAACAAUGCCUUUCGUGGAGCUCAACGGAAAAGAGUACUACGAUUCGGCGUUCAUCCUUCGCGACGUCGACGAUUCGAUCAAACAGCCAUCCCUGGACGAUCAUCUGUCCGCCGAGCAAAAGAGCACUUCGCGGGCGUUCGAGGCGAUGACCGAGAAGUCGCUGGCCAUCUCCGCCUGGUUUUACGGCGUCGAGAAUGCUUCUCAGCUCGUGGAUACGUUCGAUCCGAAGGUUUUCGGCCUAUUCGGCACUAUUUUCAAGGCCAUCAACUCGCGCUUCUACGCUUCUGCGCUCCUCAAACGGAUCUCGGGCUCUGAUAUCGGGUUGCACAGCCGCGAGGACAUCAUUGCGAUCGGAAGGGACGAUCUGCGGGCGAUCAGCAAGUACCUGGGCAACAAGCACUACUUCCACGGCUUCAAACCCACCAAAAUUGACGCGUGCCUCUUCGCCAACUUGGCUCAAAUCUACUAUGCUCCGUACGCGAGCGAGCAUCGCGAUUUGAUCGACGAAGAGUGCCACAAUCUGGCCGAAUACGUCGAGCGAAUCAAGAACAGGUCUGUCUGAAAGUGCUCCGCAUCCACGUGUAACUUGAUUCACAGAUUCUGGCCCGAUUGGGAUGAUGUGACGACGAAAUACUCGACGGAGACGAGCAAUUGGAAGCGGAGACACGUGGCGAAGAACGGAAAUAGUGGAAAGAAUCAUUGA